AUGUCUCCAAUUAAAUUUAUAUCGUUAAUUAAAGAUAUUAAGGUAUCACACGGAUUAAAAUUUUAUACCUUUUUAAUAACCUUUAUAAUAGCAAUACCUCUUUUACAUCUGGUUUUCGUAUUUGAUUUUAUCAACUACUUGAACUAUCCCAUAAUCAAAAUUAAUAUAAUAUUACCUCAACAUUCAAACGCAUCUACCGUGAAUUAUCAAAAACGACCUCCUGACGGUUAUGUCAUUGACAUAAAUCGAGUUAAUAAACAUUGUGAACCAAUAAAUUAUACCACCGCCGUACUUUAUAAAUAUCCCGUACAAAAUUGUUUGGAUUAUUUGGAUUCAAAACAAGCUGAUUAUUUGGUAAAACCUUCUUCUCCAAAAUAUUGUAAUGAAAAUGAUCCAAUGAUUUUUCAUGUUUAUUGGAGAGGUAAAGGGGCCGAAAAAAUUGCUUUAAUGAUUAAAUCUUUUUUAUACACUCAACCUUUAAGGUGCUCUUGUCUAUAUGUUUGGGUUGACGAAAACUAUGAAGAUCUUCGAUUGAAUAAAAAGAUUUGGCCAUUAAUUCGUUUCUCGGGAAAAAAUUUAUUCUUUAAAAAAUGGAUCACCGAUGAACAAUUGAAUUCCGAUCCUAUUUUUCAUGGUUGGAAAUCUAAGUUAAGUUUAAGUCAAAAUGUUGUUGG